GACACCAUUGGAUGAGAUAGGAUAAACAUCCUUCCUUAUUUUGAAGGCAUACGGGCAAUAUGAUUGUACAGCAGCAUCUAUCUGCAGACAGCUGUAAGUUCCUGGUAAGGCGGUGGUGUUGAAGUGUCAAAGGACAGCAGCCUGCGGUUGGUGAAUUCGCUUUCUUUUAUUUCUUUUAGACUGAAGACUUGGAUAAUCAGUUCAACUGUAGUCCACGCUUAUGAGACAGCACGGUGCCUGAGAAGGGCAGUCUACAGCUCAUGCAAACGUAGGAUACAGAGAGAAUCAUCUGGUUAUCCAGGGAAGAAUUCAUCGCAAAAUGCGUCCUGGAUUCUCUAUUCGCGUGGCAGAUAUACAGACGGAGGCAGCGACUCUGGUAUAACCAGGUCUUUACGGCAACCAGUAUAGCUCAAUGUUAGCAGUUUGUGUUAGCAGCGAACGUGGAAAAAACGGCGGAUCUCUACAGAUGGAUUAACAUACUGUGAAAAAUAUGUCUACCUAUAAUCGAGUGGCAACGUCCAAACAAAUCGACAACAAACUUUCAGGACUGUUUUUUGCAUUGGGACUGAAAUAAGAACAGCAGGACCUCUCCGGCUUAAAGCAUUUCAAGCUUUGCUUGAUUGACUUUCCUUGCAAAUGCUGUAAUUCAAAAAUUAAACCCGCAUUGCCCCUAGCCAUUUUGACUGCGUCGACUUCAGACUCAGAGGUUGUAGCAAUCUCCUUAUCUGACUUUGGUCGGAUGCGUGCCAACAAUCGUUACUUUGCUAUCAAGGGUGCAACAUCCUGUGCAAGCCGAGACGUUGUUUAGUUAGCAACCCCCAUAUUGGAUGACUGAUAUGUGUUGCUACUGUUGUAAUAGCUGGUAACCUAUCGGACGUCCCUAUGUCUAACAUUAAUGCAUCUGACAUAGAAGGUGUAAAUGUACAUCUUAUGUCCGUGUAUAGACCUAAAUAUAUGAUCUGGUAGAAAUAUCAUAUCGAAACGGAUGGCCUUCGGAUUCCGGGUUCGGUUGAAGAAGUGUGGAAUAUCUUGGAUUCAUUCAAACGUAUGAUUCAUAGCCGUUCAUAGCCGGUCAUAGCUUAAGAGGAUUGCUUAUUUUCAGCGUCGAGUGGGCAUUUUGGUUUGGAUGACACUGCAAUCUGUCACCAUUUCUACAUUUGGAGUUAACACGUAAACUAAGCUAGGUGUUUGACACAACAGGGAAGGUGGAGCAUUGUCCGUCGAACGUGUUGACGCAGUGGGAUUUGUACGUCUGGUCGGCCUUCCCUCCCGCCCUUCCCGCGGUGACGGUGAUGGGUCGGAAGCGGUGUGUCGGUGCAGAUUGUUCCAAGAUGGCGGCCGGGUGCUGCGGGGUGAAGAAGCAGAAGUUGUCGGGAUCCCCUGGGUCUGGAGGUCCCGGCGGGACGGCUAGUGGGGUAGCUGGAAGCGGGCACUGUGGAUCGGACUUGGGGAUUGGCUCGUCUUCUGCUGUUGCGGCAGGGAACGUGAACCGAGUCAACGGCCUAAACGGCCUAGGGGGGCCAGGGAGUAGUAGUAGUAGCAGCAACAGCAACACUCUGUCCCCUUCCUCGGGAAGCUACAACUCAACUGCCCUCUCUCCUCACCUCAGCCCCGGCUCUAGUGGAUCUGGGAGCGGGGGUAGGAAAAUGGUCGUUUCAGCUGAGAUGUGUUGCUUCUGUUUCGACGUCCUUUAUUGUCAUCUCUACGGAUACCAACCUCCUCGGACACCCAGGUUUACAAACGACCCCUAUCCACUGUUCGUCACUUGGAAAAUUGGCAGAGACAAAAGGUUGAGGGGUUGUAUAGGUACAUUUUCUGCCAUGAACCUGCACUCAGGACUCAGGGAGUACACCCUUACUAGUGCCCUUAAAGACAGCCGCUUUCCCCCCAUGACGAGGGAUGAGCUGCCACGUCUCUUCUGCUCAGUAUCUCUGCUCACCAACUUUGAAGAUGUUGGUGAUUACCUUGACUGGGAGGUUGGUGUGCACGGCAUUAGGAUAGAGUUUUUCAAUGAAAAAGGAUCAAAACGCACAGCCACCUACCUUCCGGAGGUUGCAAAAGAACAAGGAUGGGACCACAUUCAGACCAUAGAUUCCUUACUUCGCAAGGGAGGGUAUAAAGCUCCCAUCACAAAUGACUUCAGGAAGAGCAUUAAAUUGACCAGGUAUCGUAGUGAAAAGAUGACUAUGAGCUACGCAGAAUAUAUUGCUCAUCGCCAACACCAUCACUACCAGAAUGGCAUUGGGCACCCUCUCCCACCUUACAACCAUUAUUCCUGACACCGAGCCGCAUGACCAGUCACUGGACCUAUCAGCAGACCUCUUCCCAGGAGAGCCCGCCCCCUCAUGGUCUAGCUAUCUUUACUACUGUACCAUUUUAUGAUGAUAGUUUCCGUUGCCGUGGUGACCAUCUUUUGAUGGCUCAUGGCAACGGGGUUGGCAAAUUAAGUCUAAUUUUGAUUUACUAAAGAAGCAAAAAUUCCUAUUUUUCCUUUCAUAUAUUUUAGUUUUUGCAGCAUAUAUUUCCAUUACCCCUUUUCCUAAUUAAAUGAGAUGAAAGUAAAAAGAAAACGACCCCUUAUCAGGUUUAGAUUCUGUGGAUGGAAUUGUUAAUGUGUGAUCGCCCAAAUCCAUUCAAGUUGAUGAGUUUCAUUUUGAGUAUGCAAAAUUCAAAUAUUUUCAUGACUUUUGUUUUGUUCUUUUUUUUCCUCCCUGGCAAGUUUUUCUUCCUGUGUGUCACCAUGUGUGUCGGGUGUAAACAUUUUCUCUACCCCUAGUUUUUCCUCCUGAAAUCAGUGGACCAUCAAGAAUUUUGGUGGGUUUAAAUGAUUGGGGGUGUGUUUCAGUUGUUGUAUGCCUCAUGACCCCUCAUACAUCGUCUAGUUGUUAUGUUAGGGGUCUUCCCUGGUCUGUUUCUCUUUGUCUAGUUUUGGAAAGGUUUAACUCUUAUUAAAAUGCUAAAUUGAAUUAGUUAAGAAAAUAUUUCCCCUAAAUAUUUCUGAAUAUCAUUAGAUGCAUUGUUGUUCACCUGACUGAAUUCUCUUAAGCUGAGAUGUAACACUCCCUCUUUGCGUGAAGUUUUGGGGAUUUUUUUUCUGAAUAUAAAUUCAAACCACAGGGACAUGCCAUAGUAAAGACUAUAAGCCAUAUUUAUUUUCUUAUUGCAUGCUUCAGAGUAGGUUCUGGAUGUCUCUCUCUCCCUUCAGUUUUGACAUCUGGGCACCACUCUGUUUACCUGAAUUUAUUGGCUAAUGGCUGUGUAGUCAAGGUUUUUCCCUUGAUGGUAAAGCUGGUAUCUGAUUUUCUCUGCCAUUUCUUUACUAUGAGUCUUACCCUUGUGUGAUCUGUGUUAGCAGUGUUGGUUUGGGUCACAUUUUGUGACGGUUUUGUAAAGUCUUGAUAAAUUGUGGUUGUAGCCUCCUAAGAGCACCAUGACGGUGUGAAUAAUGUUUACAUCUAUCUACAAAAACAAAUAAACGAUAACAUUGCUAUUUAAUGGUUGAUAAGAUGAGAAAAUCAUUUAAAGAACACUCACAAUAGACCUAUGGGGCUGGUACAGAGGAGAAGGAAUUUGUCAACACUUAAAGGUCACAUUUAAUGGCUUUUGUUCACAAGGGUUUUACAGGUUACAGAUGUGUGUGUUGUAGUUUGGUGCAAUCAUGUGAGGCCACACGAGUGAUGUAUGAACUCCUUUUUUAUGUUUUUAAACAGAGGUGAAGUGCUUUGCACUUUGCUUGUUGCAGUGCUGUGGUUUAUUAUGGAACCGGCUAAUGGAGAAUUGGGAAGGGGCAGCAAGCUUUUCUGAGCAAACCACAGGAUCAGUACUCUAUGUCCAAGAAGAAUCUUGGAAGUCAUACUGUGUUGUGGCAUAGCUUUUUUUCACGUAAGUACUUAGCAGUACUGUUUUCUGGAGAAGAAACUGACGUUUUUCGAGGUGCUCAGUUGUGAUGAGGCCUAUACAUGUCACUAUAAGGACAUUGCGGUUUCUUCCGUUGUGCACAAUAUUAAGGGCUUUUGGUGUUCCAUCCACAGUUACCCUAUUAUUCCCAGAGAUGACCCUGAUUUCAGUUGUGUUGCCUUAAAAAUGUAUUACUUGACACACAUGGACCAGUAAAUAGGCAGCCUGACUUUACCUCUUCUCUCUAUCCUUAAGACAUCCGGAAGAUUUUUCAAGCAUCAGGAUAGAUCACCACUCACCACACAUUGAAAUCAUACACUUGAUUUGUUUUACCUAACUUAUUUGAUCUGAUGGUAUGCCCAGCAGUAUUUGCUGAAAUGUUUUACUUCAGUAGACGGAAGAUGUUUUAAGCCAGCUUCAGUGUAUCUGAAUACAAGCAUUUUUAGGACACUGUGAUGGUUAGCCAUUUGGAAAUUGUGAAUUAGAUACUGCUAAUAUAGCUCAAAUUUCACAUUAACUUUGAUGUUUGGUGUAUGUCAUGUAAAGCAUCACCAGCAUUUCGACUUGUCCUUGUCAUAUGACAGUUCUUAUGCUGAGCAGUCAAAUGCCUUUUUUCUGGUCCACUGAUGAGUACAACACAAACUGAAUAGUUUCUUCGCUGCUGCAAAGUCUAGUAAGUUAGUUCUGUACGUACAGAAGUCAACUAAAUGUAUUCACAUAUGCAAUACAUUUCUGUUGCAUGUAUAAACAUGAACAUCUGUUCAUCCAUGGCAUGCAUAUUAUGCUGCUAGACACUGGACAUGAGAAACAAAAGGAACAUAAAAUGGUGCUAUCAGGCCUCAUUUUGGGGCGGUCAACAUAAACAUGACUGGUCAUGCGGACUCAUUGUUCAUAUCAAUAGAUUAUUGAUUCUUCAUAUGCACACACAUUUUGCAGGGUUUUUUUUUUUGUUUUGUUUUGUUUCAUACCAGUGUAACUAAGAUUGAAUCCAAUGAACCUGCAGGUUUGAAAGGACAUGGAGUCACAAGUCUAACCCAUGCACAUCACCUUCCCUUCGUCAUGGCCUGGGGGUCGUGGACAUAUGCCCUUCAUCUUGUGUGUUACAGUCAAAUAGUCUCCCCCCCCCCCCCCCCCCCCACUCCCUCUGGGGCAGAGAAAACAUCGCUCACAUUAGUUUGCUUUCUGCAACCCCUCCCCCUUUAAGAUUUUAUAGUUCCAACUUUUGUCACAAGAUAAAUACUAUGCAAAAAGCUAGAUUACGUGCGUAGAACAUCAUAUUGAAAGAUGGGUAUGCUUCACUGCCUAGUACAUGUAACUCUCAUAAUUGGCUUUUUUUUUCAGUUCAAUGCUUGUGUGAAUUUGUUUACACUAACUCCAUGUGGGACUUCAAGCAGAAUGCAUAAACUUACAUUUCUGUAAUAUGCUCCUUUUUUGCAGUUAUAAAAAAAAAUAUGACUUCUUUGUUAGCAUUUCACAGAACUGGGAUCAGUUGAAAAGGAAUUGUAACCGUUCCUUUCAGAAAAUGUAUUUGUCAACUUCAGAAAGUUUCUUUUUUUUUUGUCAACUUAAAAGGGUUAGCGUGUAUGUGCUCCCACUCGUCCCACCAUUUUCCUGCUCCCUCCACUACAGUAUCCAUUUGGAAAUGUGUAGGCUCACAUCACCUUUGUUCACCUGAACCAAAGACGCCUCCAGCCAUGUCCAAAUGCUGCUCUUCAGACCUGCCACCUUGUCCUUCCAACCACUCCUGCAAGAAAAUGUCUAUUUUUGUCUUCUUUUUUUACCAAUUUUGUACAAUUUCUAAUGUUUUUUUUCUUUUUGGGUUUGCAACCUCUGUUAAAUAAAAAUAUUGUUAUCUGAAAGUACCUUGACCGGAGACAAGGUCAAUGUAAUGCUUUUUCAAUGUUUUUUUUGUUUGUUUUUGUUGAAAUACCCCAUAGCGUGCCUCUUAGAAUUAUGGUUUUUCUUAAUGUGUUUUCCUAAAGACCAGCAGUUAUACUUUAUACAGAAGAAACAUUAAUCUUUAUUUUUUAAUGCCAUCAAAAUAAAAAGCCUGUUUUCUUUACUCUGGACCCAGUAGCUGCACCAGUAUACAAUCGCACUGAUAGAUAAACAGUAGUAGAAUAGCAGUAACGACUGAUAAUGACACCGUGAAUAUGAACAGUAACAUUAUGUAAGAAAACUAUUUGUAGAAAAAAAGCACUGUAAAAAGGAGGAAAAAGACAACAUGACUGUUUUGUACAUCAUAAAAGACAACUUUUUGAAAAUAUUUUGGAUCUAGUUUCUAAAUUAUUUUAGUGGUUUUCUAUUUUCUGCAACGUAGAAAUGCUGACUUCGGAAUGCUCCAUCUACUUAAUGGAUUGCUUGAAUUGGGGUUGUCAGGCAUAGCCUUGUAUACCCAUUGUUUUCAUUUUCUCUUUCUGAGCUGUUCGUAACGGAUGAAAUAUGACAUGUUGAUUAUCCUCCCCUUGCCCAACUGUUGUUGGUGUGGUGAUCGUUUAAUUGGGCAUUUAAUAUAAUAGUAUGGCGAAAAAUACUCAAUCCUCACUCGAAAAGGAAAAGGAAAAAAAAAACUGAUGGGGAUGAAUUAUCAUGCAUAGAUGGGGGCGUAUGUGACUAUGGCAAUGGUGUAGUUUUAAAUAAUAUUGUUAUCUUUCAACUCAUUUAUUCAAUAAAAAAAUAAACUAUGAA